AUGGGUAGCCCGGUGUCCAGUGACCUAUGCGAAAUGGUCGUUAGGCAGCUUGAACAAAAGAUUCUUCCCCCGUUCCUCCCAAGCAUCUUACUUUAUAGGAGGUAUAUGGACGAUAUUAUCAUCCUGUGGAAGAAAAUACCUGACAUCUCGGUUUUUGUACAAGCAGUUAAUGAUAAUCCUUACAGCUUAACCCUACAGGUGGAGCAAUCUAGCAAUACUGAGGCCCAUUUUUUAGAUAUAAAUAUUAAAGUAGAAGGAUCUGCAAUCCUCACAUCAGUAUACCGUAAACCUUAUGCCACCUCUACGUACAUGCUGGUGGGUUCCUGCGACCCCUUCACCUACAAGGCUGCAGCAUUUAAUACUCUCGUUAGAAGGGCAUUUUCCCAUUCGUCCACCUCACAAGCCCUUUCCACCAAAUUAAAUUAUGUUAAGAGGAUAGCAGCCAAGCAUGGUUAUCCUGGUCUAACACACCAUCUGAUUGAGCGACACCAAUGCUUGCAAUACACACCCGCUACACGUAUGAAGACCAGAACCAACCCAGAAGAUCGUUUAUGCCUCCCAGUCACCUUUAACCCUUAUGUUAAAGCAAUAUAUGCUGAGAUCGCCAGAAAACAUCAGUUACAAAUAGCCUAUAGAAGAUGCCCCAUAAUCUUUGAGAUCCUUAGAAAUGGAAAGGACUAUCCGAUUCGUAGCAGACUUCCCAGUGUUUACUCCAUACCAUUCAAGGAUAACAGAUGUGACGAGAGCCUCAUAUACAUUGGUUCAACCAAGCACUCUUUGGCUACCAGAGUACAUGAACAUCAAGCAGACCUUCGACACAGGCAAUAUACCAUGGCCCUGGCCACCUUUGUGUCUGAUCCCAAUAUCGAACCAGAAUUUGAUAAGGCUGAUGUCAUCGACUCUGCACCCCACGUAGAACAUCUAAAAUGGCUAGAAGCCGUAUACAUCUACAAGGCUAACCGCAUGAACACAUGUAUAAACCAAAAAGAUGAGCUUAAUCUUUCUCUAGCGUGGCAGGCCCUUAUAAAUGGUGAUCUUUAA